GUUUUUUUUGUCAUCUAGAAGCUUUUGUGACAUUAACUUUUUAAAUUUUUGCCGAAUUAUGUACCUGAGGGAUAUUCAUGAAUUAUGAACAGAUUCUGCUUGUAAUAGAUAUCCUUAGUGGCCUUAUGUGUGAAUUUGGAGCAAUAGACCGCUACACUUUAUCGCGACCAGAACUAUACGAUAGUUGAUUACAAAACUUUUUAGCAGGAAGAUUCUAGAUCUAUGUGCAUUUUAUUUGGAUUGUGUCUUUUGAAUAGUACUUAGAAUGAAAGCCAUCUAAUAGAAACACCAACGCAUGUGUAUAAUGUAAUGUGUAGGAAGAAGAUAACAUGUCAGUGUAGUCAAAGUUAUCUGACAGCUUACUAGUGACAUGGGCUGAUGACUCAUACCAGAUAACUUAUACCUGCCUGUGCUUGGGGUCCUUGGGGUAAAUACUUUGACUUUUUGAAAGCGUUCGUCCUUGUGACUCAAAUAUCACCCAAUAACCAAUUAAUCCAAAUGUGAUGAAUGGAACUCGUCUGCUGAAACCACAGCAUACUUCAGAAACGAAAGAUGUUUGCAGAGUUGUCGUCCUUGGUUAUCAGGGCGUAGGAAAAACAGCACUGGUCGUCAGAUUUCUAACCAAACGAUUCCUAGGAGAAUAUUGUCCCACUCUUGAAAGUAUUUACAGAUAUAGCUCUGAUAAAUCAGACGAAGAUGACGUGAGAAUGGACAUUCUGGACACUGCUGGACAUGCCGAUACUCAGUCAUGUUGGAAUGAAGGCUACGCUCUCUGGGGAGAUUGCUUUGUUUUGGUCUAUUCCAUUACCGAAGAAAUCAGUUUUAAGGAAGUGCAAAAUUUGAGACAUCUCUUGGAGGCUGCCAAAAGACAAAAUGUUUAUUUCUGUGUCCUAGUCGGCAACAAGAAUGACCUUGUGUACGACAGACAGGUCACGACCUCACAAGGUCAAGAGUUAGCAGACGAUAUAGGUUGUAAGUUUUAUGAAGUCUCAGCUUGCGAGUGGAAUCAGUUACCUCAGGUUGUAGAUAUCUUCAUUGACCUCCAUGCCACUUGGCGACGUUCCAAACAAGCAAGAGAUGGGCGCCCAAGGAAGUCCAGCUCGAGCACCAAGUUUAGACAAGCCAUACAGAAAGUCAUCUCUGGGAAAAGUUCCAACGUAAAAAAAAAUGACAGCCACCAAUAAUGGAAGUGUAUAGGACUAAGCGUGCUGGGGGGGCGGCGUCUCUAGGGGAUAGUUUGGGAGAGGGGGUCGUCAUAAGGGGAGUGUUAUGGAGUGUUGACGGGCUGUCUCUAGACUCUAGGGGAUUGUUGGGGGCUGUCUCUAUGGGGAAUGUCUCUAGGGGAAUUUGGGGGGAGGGGGCUGCCCCUGGAAAUUUCGGGAAACCAUCUGAAGGCAAGUUUUGGGUGCUGUCUCUUAGCGAGUGUUAGGGGGCUGUCUGUAGGGAAGCUUUGGUGUCUGCCUCUAGGGAGUGUUCGGUGUAGUCUCUAGUGUUUAGGAACGUUAUUGUAGAUAUCAACACAUUUCUGAUUACGUUCAAGUGUAUAUAAUGACAGUUUACAAAUGUUGUUUCCUUUGUUAGUCUUAAAGAUCUGAUCUAAACAGCAUCACUGUGUGUCCUGCAGUAUCCUUGUGUACGAUAUUACCUCAUGGUGUGUUAAUUUGUAUCACAUAUAUCAUGGUGUUUUAAAUUGUGUCCCAGAUAUCAAUGGUGGGUCAUUGUAUCCUAAUGUAUUAUAUUAUGUCGGUAUAAGGGUGGGAGGUUAAAUAUUUCAAGCGAUGUGGCUGAUUUGAUUCCACCCUCGCCAGUAUCAACUUGAAGAUAUUUGAUCACAACCAUUUGAAAUUAGGAUAAAAAUCGAUUCAUGUGUUCACCCGUCCCAAAUGUCCACGUCUCUUAUGGUAACGUACCAUUGCGUGGGAUACUCUUAUUUGACCUCCCCAGUUUUACUUCUUUUGGUUAUCUCCCUUAGACUAAUGGUUCUCUAGCAUGAUACUGACACAAUUUUUCCUUAUCGAUGACAACAUAUGAACUAAUUGAAAAAUUUAGACAAGAAGUUGAUCAUUUUGUAAUAAUUAAUCAAUUUUGUUUUCUAUGGCAAAGGGAGUUAAACCUUGCAGUGUGGAGAGGUAUGGAAGUGUUUUUGCUUUUUCACCCCCUUAGAUAAGAUUUGUUUUUUUUAAAGUAUUUUGUAAAAAUAUUUUGCUUAUUGUUUCGUAGGGAUAAAACUGCUCGCUUUGAUUUUAAAGUUGGUUGUGUUCAACGGACAUUGCAACCAUUUUUGUACCUCUCAUAUCUUUAGGUUAAUGAAUUCAAUUAUUGACAGUCUGAUAUAAAGCUGCAUAACCUCCACCUGUGCGAGGCAGCCGAGAUUAGUAGUUAGGCUACAGGUGGUUGGAAGUUGUGCUGGUCAUAUCUUAGUAUAUUUCAUCUUAUCUUAUGAAAUACAGACGUUACUUCAAAAAAAAAAGAUUACGUUUUACGCGUGUCCCUAGGUCAAUUUAGUCAUGUUAAUCAAUGACUUAAAUUCUGCCAAGUCAUUGGUUUUCCUGGUUGACUUAGGCAACCCAUUCCAUGCUCUACUAGGAAAGAAAUUUAGAAUUUUAGAAAUUUAGAAACUCUUCAGGAUAGGGAGACUUAAAAGUAAAGUAACAAUUAUACAUAAAACUUUAAACCAUAAUCUUCACACAAAUGAACAACUAAUAAAAUACCUAGAAAGACAGACAAAGGAGACAGGAUAGUGAGAAAAAAGUCCCCCCCCUCUCUCUCUCUCUUGUUUAAAUAUGGUGGACAGCGCAUAUAACUUCGUGCGAAAUUUUCCGUCAAUACAUUGCAUAGUCUGGAUAACACAUCUAGCAACCUUCAUGCAAAGUUCUGUAUCUAUACUGAGAACAUUUUCAACUCGUCUCAGUUUAAAAUCUCAUGGAAUUAGAAAACAAAAAUAGCACACAUAAAAAGUGCAUAAAUAUUUUUGUUACACAAUCCUUCGUUUGAUUUCUUGCAAAAAAAAUUUUUUGAACUGAAAAGAAUGUUUUCAAUAAAAGAUAUUUGUUGAUAUGCUCUAACCUAUAAAUCUAAGCUGUAAGAUUUAACGUACUACUGAUAAUAACUUUUAUGGUAAUUUAGCAGGGCAUGAAUAAAGCGCAGGCUUCUUUGCAGAGCUGAUGCCAUUAUAUAUAUAUUACAGGAGUUUUGUUUUCAAAUGAAUUAUUUGUUGCUGUUUCUUUUUGUUUUUUCAAAUCUCUAUCAAUUAAAUGUUUUAUGAAAACUAUGCACAAAAUAAAUAUAAAGUCUUUCCAAG